GUCAGUUAGUUGUCAAAAUUCAGUGUGAGAGGUGUGUGAAAACGAGAAAAGCCUACUUAUAUUGUGUGUCCAUUGCAGCAGACCUUCGACGGGAAAAAAGUCGAAAAAGUGUCCGAUUUUGAGACCCUAAAAAUGGUUGUUAUCGAAAAAGAUUGGUUGGGUUUUGUUGUACGCGGUCGAGUCUAGUAAAUCGUAACCAGUUUGGGGCAGAACGCAGCAUCCCGGUGCAAAUCGGUGAUCGGGAUUUGUCUCGCGAGGAUUUUUCUCCUCACCACCACACAGAGCACCAACUAGCAAAAAAGCAGCAGCAACAGCAGCACAAGAAGUAGGGUGAAAAGUUGUUAGUUGUCCAUUGCGAUGUGCUAGUGCGGAGUUGUUGUGUUUUAAAUUGUAGGAAUUUUUUCUUGGUGUUGUAAAUAUUGUAAGUAUCAGUUUUGGCAAAAUUGUGAUAAAGUUGGGACAUUUGAAUGAUAUUGCCUGGUAAAUUUGGCUUCAUACGGGACGUGAAAAAGUGCGUUGUUUACUUCGAAAGUGCUACAAUCGGUUCCGUACCUUAGGGCAAAACAGUUGUACCGAACCCCAAUAGCCAGCCAGCGGCGGCAGAAUAAGCCUGAAGGAAGAGCUCAGAGAGUUCUGCGUGUGUGAAAAGAGGACGUCUCUCGCUGUCGUUUUGACCGUGUGCUCGUGGUCGUAAAGUGUGUGUUAUUGGAAGAUCUCUCUGCGUUUUUUUGCUUUUACGCAAAACAAGAAAAAUGUGAGCUCGAAAAUACACAGCAGCAGUGAAAAUUUAGGUGACCUCCGUAGGAUCUUCGAAGCAAUACUCCAACAGAAGGAUUCCAUUGAUAUUCCCCUAACUAACACUCGAAAGGAUAUCCUCGCUAUUGUUGACCAAAGAAUUUAUCGUCAGAUGUCGAAGCAAAGCAUAGUUUAUUGAAUCCUACUGAACAGUUUCAAAGACUGUAAACUCUAUUGUGAAUGUAUAAGUCAACAGUAGUCCUGUACAAACCACAAUGCAAAGCUUGGAGCCUGCAUCAUGUCAAGAAGCUGAUUAUAUGUUAAACGAUGCAUACUGUAAGUUAAGAAAGUCUCCGUCGAGGCAGCAAACGCUGGUGAUCGAUCAACCGCCGCAGUAUCCGAGUCUACCUAGUCCUAUUCUGAAUGACAGUACCCCACUGUUCAACACUAGUAGCAGUAGCAGUGCGACUAGUCCGCUUCCAUCGUCAUCGUCGUAUGCGACCUUGAGCGGGAUCCACUCAAACUCGCCGCCAGCGACGCUACUAGCAACACCCUGCUCGUCCUCAGCUUCCUCGUUCCUCGGAUCCGGGGGUAGCAGUUCCACCUCCCAGCUGCUCAAAUCGUCCUCAAGCAGUGGUAUCUCGGGAAGCAGUUUAACGCUGACCAACCAUCAUCAUCAUCACAUCGAUAAGAGGGGAGCAACUGAUUCCGGCUACGUCAGUAGUUCCCCGUCUAAGAAAUCAAAACUAUCUUCCUCGGCCGGAUCUCUAGCCCCAUUAGCAGCAUCAGGGUCUUCAUCAAUCAAUAGUUCUUCCACGGGCUCUAGUAAUUUUUCCGGUAGCAGCAAUCACCACCACCAUCAUCAUCAUAACCAACACCAGCAGCAACAUCAAUACCACGGCAGUGGCAGCAAUUAUGGCCCGACCGGCUCCCCUCAGCACACCGGUGCAGGAAAUUCCGGCGGUUCGGCGGGGACUGGUGGAAGCUCGAACCCUACCGGCAGGUUUAACAUACAUGACAAACUUAGGGAAUUGUAUCUUGAAUUACUAGCUGAGGACAAUACUGAAACCAACAGGCUUAACUUAAGAAACACAUCGUUUCUGCUGGAGAAACUGGUGUUGAGAGAGAGUCUCAACACCCUGAUCCUAAAUCUCUAUCCCGGCAAUAAAGGAUAUUCGUUAGCAUUUAGAAGAGGAACUGAUCAAACUAACGAUGGAGGGCGAAAUCAGAUCUCAAAAAGUGGUGCUACAUCAUCAGAACGUGCUGGUUCACCUUCGACGGGUGCAUCGAUGGAUAUCAAUUCCGAGCAACUUCAGGAGACCAUCCGGUGGCCGUACGAAGAGGAGGAACUGCUCGAGUGCAUCGAUCGCGAGGAAAUUCCGCUCGUGCUUGUCGAUAUGUUCGAGAGCAAAUGUCCGGGGUUGUUCUACUCGGGCUGUGUGAUUGCGGAAAUUCGCGAUUAUCGGCAGUCGUUUCCGAUCUUUACCUGUGAUACGUACCAUGUGCUGCUGAAACCCACCAAUCAAACUCUAUUGGCCGAUGUGAACCUACUGACGGCGGAGGGAGAUUGGAGUCCAGAGGAGAAAAUUGCUCUUGAAAGUCAACUAGUGUUAGCAACGGCAGAACCGCUAUGCUUGGAUCCCAACCCCGAAGUAGGUAUUAUGGCCAUCAACCAACAGCAUCGUCGUCACAUAUUCAAUACGACACCAAUUCGGCGGCAGGCGAAAAAGUUCUCCCAAGUCGCCAUAAAUCGCAAGAGGAAAACGGAUCAGUUCACUCACAGCUUCGGUUUGGAGCUGAGCGAUUUCAUGACAAAAUACCGAGCGAAACCCCGCCAGUACACGGCUAGCAAGCGAAGUGUCGUUAGUUUUACACUGCCGAAAAAGCCUUCCGAUGUGACACCAACUGUGAAGGUGCCAAGUCUCGACCUACCUGAACUGGCUCCACCUCCGGAGGUGAAUGUGGAAAAGUUUGCUCGCAAAUACGAUGGACCAAAGGAAAGUCGGGACUGUAUUCCGCAGCUAAUCGAAGAGUACAUUCUGGAAACGGAUCGCGUGGUUAGCCGUGGCGAUACGAGGACCUACCAUAUAAAGCUAUCAAUCUUUCAGCGACCGUCAAAUUCGGAAUACUUGGGUGAGCUGUACGUGGACAGAGAUUACCGGGAAAGCGAACGUAACGGGGAAGCAUGUCAAUUUACGCUGGGGACGAGAGCGCAUGCACAUCGAUACAUUCAGCAGUUUACGGAAAUAUUCACCGAGGAAGGUCGGAAGUCAGUCAAAAUUACGCACUUGGUGCCAGGUCAGGUUCCUAAGGUGCUCCAUACUGCUGGAAUGCGGGAGCAGAGUGUUCAGCAGCAGCAACAACAACAGCAGCAGCAGCAGCAACAACAACAACAACAACAACAGCAGCAGCAGCAGCAGCAACAACAACAACAACAGCAACAACAACAACAACAACAGCAGCAACAACAACAACAGCAGCAGCAACAACAACAACAAGCAAUCCAACAACAACAGGCUCAUAUCCAACAACAAAUUUCGCAAAUUCAGCAACAGUUGCAGUCUCAACCUACGCAUGCUUUAAUAACCCGACUGCAAGCUACAAACCCGGCCUUAGUGUCCCAAAUUGCGUCAGCUGGCGGAAACAUAACGAUAAAUACAACCAAUCCAGGCACCCUUCCAGGCAAUCAACAACAGAUACAAGUUCAUCAACAACAACAGCAGCAGCAACAACCCCAGCAACAAAUAACUCAACAACAAAUCAUAACUGCUGGACCGUCCUCUAACAUCAUCACUAUCGGAGGUGCGACAUUGCAACAGCACCAACAACCGCAGCAACAGAUACACAUACAACAGCAACAACUUCCAAACCAACACCAACAGCAGCUUGUCACGACUAAUGCUGCCGGACAUCAGCAAAUUUUUACCACCUGUGAUACCGCCAGCAAUGCCGUGCAGCAAGCCACAGGCACUACAAUAACCAUGCAACAACAACAGCAGCAACAACAACAACCGCAACAACACAUACAGCAAAUUCAAACUCAAACACACCAACCCCAGCAGCAAACGUUAAGUCUCAGCAACGGAUCGCUGUUGUUGGUUCAGCCUUCGGGACAGAUAUCGAACAUUACAACCGCUACCGCUGGUAAUCAUCAAACCGCUGCAGGUGCUAGUGGCAAUGUUGUCACCGGAACGCAGAAUAUCCAAGGCUUUACUUUUACCUCAGCUCCACAAACUGCCACUAUCAUCAAUCAGAGCGGUGCAACCGGUACGACAGCUACUGGAAAUCGUGUCCCGCUGCUGGUAAGGCUAGAGAACAAAGCUUCGCAGCAGCUUCAACAGCAGCAGCAGCAACAUCAACAACAACAGCAACAACAAACCCAACAUGUUCAAUCCCAGCAACAAAAUCAAAGCACUGCUACUACUAUCCAUACGAACAACCCAGAGAUCAACGCUAUUGCACUCAGCAUUAUGAAUUCAGCCAAUCAAUUUCGACAACAACAACAGCAACAACAACAGCAGCAACAACAACAGCAGCAGCAACAACAACAACAGCAGCAACAGCAACAACAGCAGCAGCAGCAGCAACAGCAACAACAACAGCAACAGCAUCAUCUCGUCAAAUCGAAUUCAAAUGCUGCCAUAAUCAGUUUGCUGAAUAGUGCUCCCGCUGCGAUGACAAAUUCAUCUGUGUUAAACAGUGGUUUGACUAUCCCGGUAGGAAAAGGUACAACAGAACUUCAGCAACAGCAAGCACAGCAACAACAGCAGCAGCAGCUUAACCAACAGCAGCACACCAUCCAUCAUCAUCAAGUGACUGGAACCACAACGAUAUCGAGUAGCGCCGCAGCAGCAUUGUUCAAUAGCGUUGGAGGACGGAAGAUACAGAUACAGCAACAGUCAGGGGGCCAGCGGAUACUGAAUCACACGAACCUGAUUGCUGUCAGCAGUAAUCCUUCGGGUGGAGGUCUAGGGCAGACGCAGUUGAUAAAUAUUCAACCAGCUACUGCCAACACAAACGACCAGCAACAGCAGGUUCAGCAGCAACAGAUUGGUCAACUGCAGCAUUCCAACAUUCGGGUUACAAUGUCGGCGCUGGCUUCUCAACUUGCAUCACCUCCAGCAAUUCUCACUACUUCCAACCUUCCACAAAGCUUUAACGUGGUUGCCUCUUCCGGACAUGCGGUCGGUGGCCAAAACUUUACCAAUGUAGCCAACAAUACUACCAGUAAAUUGAUAAUCAAUAGUACAAAUCCACGAAUACUGAACAUCAAUACAAACAACACGAACAGUUCGAAUGCGGCGGCUGCUGUUGCUGCUGCUUUGGGAAUUCGGCGAGUAAGCGGAGCUACCACCGAUGGAAGCGGAGGUAUACAGCUGCAGAUUCAAGGGGCGGAUGGCAUUCGACGAAUCGCCACUGGCACCGGCAAUGACAUCCAGCUCCAAAUACAGGGUAUCUCAUCGCCCGGCAGUGAUCACUCCAAUGCUUCCUCAUCUGCAUCCGUGAAUGCAGCUAGCGGAGGUCCUAGCGGUACCAAUGCCGGUGCUUCAGCAGCCGGAGGAACUGGCAAUAUCAUAUUCAACAAUAUGUCAGGAUUAAGUGCUUUACUAGCCACCACUUCUCCAUCUCCUCAACAAACGGCGGCCGCAGCAGCAGACAAUAGUUCGACGCUCGGCGUGGCAAACACCUCUAAUCUAGGCAGUAACAAUAGCAGUAGCAACAGUAGUAAUAAUAAUUCAGCAUUAAUCGAAAGACUGACUUCAUCUAGUAAUAUAAAUCUAACUAAUAACCUUCCGACUGCGAGCCCCGGCCUGCAGUUUACGAUACCGUCGCCGAAAACGCCCCAACAGCAGCACCAGCAAUCUCAGCAGCAGCACCUGCAAAUUCAGUCACCAUCGUCAUCGAUAUCGCCACUCUCUAGUCCUCCGCCAACGGUGACCCUCCAUCCUCAACAACAGCAGCAGCAGCAGCAGCAACAACAACAACAUAUUCAGCAACAGCUUCACCAUCAGCCCCAGCAAACGACUGUCAAUCUGCAGGGACUGAACUUUGCCAGUCUGCAUGGUGCAAUGACGUCGAUUCCGGGGCUGCAAAAUGUUCAGGUUCAAAUCCCAGGUUUAUCCCAACCAAUUUCGCUAUCGCUGUCUUCUGCUCCGUCCACUGGUGCAUCGGCAGCUGCCAAUGUACUGAACGCGGCAAACAAUGCUGCCGCUGGCGGUAGCACAGGUCACCACCAAACCACUAGCCUAUUGGUAUCCGUACCGGUGUCCAACGCUGGUGGCGGAGGAACCCAGCUGAAUACCCUGAAUGCCGCAGGAAACGCAGGUACGACCGCAGGCGCAACAGGAACCACUACCGUGGGUAGUGCAGCUGCCAACAUACUCGGUGCAAAUUCCCAAACUACAACCCAAACGGUAAUGCUCGCCAAUCCACAAACCAGUGUUGGCGGAUCUAGUCUGCUCUCUCUGCCAAUUGCUCAAAUUGUAACUUCCGGUAUGAAAGGAUUAAGCCAGCAGAGUAUACGUGCUGCCACGCCCCUGACAGUGAACACCGGUCAACCGGGUCAACAAAUACAGCUACUCAAUAUAAGCCAACGACCGCGCAGUGGUCAACUUCCGGUGGUAACAUCCGUCACUACUCCGAUCUCGGCCAAACAGAUAACCGCACGCGUAGCGCAGCACCGCACCUUGGCGGGUUCAACACUGAAAAUUGCAACACCAAUUACAGCCACACAUCACAACCAACAGUUGGGCCAAACGAUGAAUGUAACAACAAAUGCUGCACCUAAUCAGCUUGUGAUGACUGCGAAACAGCUUCAGCUGAAACUUCAGCAACAACAGCAACAACAACAGCAUGUUCAGCAACAUCAACAGGCUCAGCAAAUGAUUGCCACAUCAAACCAACCCGCCGCAACGCAGAUUCAUAUCCAGCAGCAUCAACAGCUUGCACAGGUCCAACAACAGUUGCAGCAGCAAGUGCAAGCCCAACAACAGCAGCAACAGACACAGCAGAUAACCAUCAACAAUAGUGUCGUAUCGCCACUUCCUCUGCCAACCAUUACACCUCCGCCGCAGCUCACGCACCACCAGAGUGUAGUCAACGCUCUGGCAAGUAAACACCGACGGAGAUCGGCAGCCGACCUGAAUAAGUAAGCUCCUUCCACACUCUGAUUAACUUCUUUCCUAUCUACCUAUUCUACAUGCAAUAAUUGCAACAACGCAUACGGUUGCACAUACAUGAAACACGCGAAACCCACUCACAGCGCUCUUUUAGUCACACUAGCAUAAAUAGGAUGUAAGAACAAAUUCGAUUGGUUGGUCCCUCCCACCAGUGACCCCGCUGUGUCGGGGGGGGGGGGGGGGGUGGAAUUACGGUGAUGGCCUUCCUAUCUUAAGCCUAGGGGAAAGCCAUAGUUUAUUUGUUCGGUGAAUAAACAAAGCUUUCUGUUUUAAUUUAAUUUUAUGCAAAUGGAGAAGAAACUAUAAGCUAUAAACCAAUUUUUAAGCAAACAAAAUAGGAAUGUCGUAUUGUGCGAAACAAAUAAAACGAGAGAAAAUAAGCAUGGGAUAGCAUGUCAAUGUUA